AUGAGUCCUUCAAAGCUUAUGAACCGCUUCCCGUGGGCAAAAAGCCCCAUCAUUAGCAAUGGGCCUAUGCUUGGCGCAGCUUCUGCGCAGCUGGCGACCGAGGUGACUAAAGCCGGCGGUUUCGGCUUUCUCCCAUCGACGGCUGACCUCUCACCCGACUCGGCACACAUCAAGACCCUCUCCAGCGAUCUCGAAGAGGCCCGCACCCUGCUCGGCGCCGACCAACCGGCGGACGGUCCGCUCCGGGUCGGAACCAGCUUCAUCACGGGGCACCGGUCCAUCGGUCAUUUCGCCGAGACGGCGCUGCCCAUCCUGGCCAAGCACCGGCCCGCCGCGGUCUGGUUGUUUGCACCGGACGGUGACGUCAAGCCACAUCGCAGCAUCAUCGCCGCGCUCAAGGCUCUGGACGUCCCACCUGUCGUGUUUGUUCAGGUCGGCAACGUCGCGGCCGCUCGGGAGGCGGUGCUUGACGGCGCUGAUGUCCUGGUGACUCAAGGUGUUGAUGCUGGUGGCCACCAGUUCCGUCAGGGUGCGGGCAUUGUGAGCUUCGUGCCUGAAGUGAGAACCAUGCUAGAGAAAGAGUUUGGAGAUAAAGACAUUAGCAUCGUGGCUGCUGGAGGCAUUGCUGAUGGGCGAGGUGUUGCCGGUGCCUUGGCCCUGGGCGCUGAGGGAGUCGUGAUGGGAACAAGAUUCACUGUUGCAACUGAAUCCAUCUACCCCCAGUUCCGAAAGGACAUUGUCCUUGGGGCCGUCGAUGGCGGAGUGUCCACGCUGAAGUCACCAUUUAAUGACCGAAUCAACAACAAUCCUCUCUGGGGACCUCUCUACGACGGCCGGGCCAUCAUCGGACCUAUCCACCAAAAGUUCAUCGCUGGCGCAUCCCUAGAGGAAUGCCAGCGGAGCCUCAAGGAGGACUACUCACAGGAGGACGCUACCCGAAUCAUCAGCACCUGGGCGGGAACCGGCGUUGGUCUCAUCAACAAGGCUCAGUCGGCUGGUGAGAUUGUACGCGAGGUCCGAGAAGAGGCCAAGGUUGCGCUUCAAAGAGCGGCUGGUCUCGUCUGAUGCGAUGACGUAUGAAAGGAAACUCAUCCCAUCUGAUGUAAGACGAAAAGUCAUGAAUCAAUUGACAGAGCGCGAUAUACUCCUCUAUAUAGUAGUCGCCUCUUACGCCGAGACAAUGGGUGUAAACAAGAAAUUGAUAUCAUACAAAGACUGCUGCUCAUCCAAACACCGUGAUCCCCUGGUCGCGUUUACAGCUUGGCCUUUGUCUGAGCCUUCUUCAGCACGGGGUCCAGCUUGGUCGCCUUCAUGACGUUGCCCUUGACCUUGAGCUUGCCGCCCAUGAAGAGGCGCUGGGCAUUGGCCUUGCCCUCG